AUGACCGAGCCCGACUGCAAGACGCUCUGGAUGGGCGACGUCCAGAUCAACUGGGACGAGGCCUAUGUGAGCUCGCUCUUUGACGCCUUCGGCCACCUCCCCACCGUCAAGCUCAUCCGCGACAAGGUCACGGGCUAUCCCGCCGGGUACGGCUUCCUCGAGUUUGACUCGCCGGACUCGGCAAGCGACGUCUUGUCAACUCUCAACGGCCAACCCAUUCCCAACACACCGCACCGUUUUCGGCUCAAUUGGGGCGCCGGCGGGAAGCGGCUCGAGUCCAUGGAAGACUACUCGGUCUUCGUGGGCGACCUCGCCGGCGACGUCACGGACGACGUGCUUUUUGCGACCUUCUCGGCCAAGUACGCGUCCGUGCGCGGCGCCAAGGUCGUGCUCGACCAAAUGAGCCGCAUUUCCAAAGGCUUUGGCUUUGUGCGCUUUGGCGUCAAGGCCGAGGCCGACCAGGCUCUGCAGCAGAUGCACGGCGAGCCGUGCCUUAAGAGGCCGAUGCGUGUGAGCGCCGCGACCGACCGCCCCAAGCACCACCCGCCGACAACGCCGUCCAAGCCGCCGCCAUCACCGUCGCCCGAAGACGAGACCAACACGACCGUGUUUGUCGGUGGCCUCGACGCGAGCAUAACCGAAGACGACCUGCGCAAGCAGUUUAGCUCCAUUGGCCCUGUGCUCAGCAUCAAGAUCCCGCUGGGACGCGGCUGCGGCUUUGUACAGUAUUCGACGCGCGCGCUGGCCGAGCAGGCGAUCCAAGAAAUGUCAGGUGUGCAGCUUGGCGCGUCCAAGCUGCGCUGUGCAUGGGGACGCCCCACGAUCAAUACAAACCACAGCAGCAGCAACAGCAACAGCAGCAAUAGCAACAGCAGCAGCCGUGCACCGGUGUACCCGUACCCGCCGUCGGCGAUGCCCAUCUAUGGCUAUCCGCCGUACCAGUACUAUGCGGGGCCGUACCCUGCGUACGCUGGCUACACCAGUCCGGUGUAUGCAGGCUACCCGCUGCCAGGCUACAUGCACCCGUACGGUCAGAUUCCGCUGCCGACCGACGACAACCAAGCGCCGCCGCCGAUGAUGUAGUCGAUAGCUGGCACCACAGAGCGUCGUCGCGAUCGAAGCGACCUCGCCGUCCAUGUUCAACCUUAUAUACAUAGCUUUGUGUCGUGUGGA